AUCUAUAAGUAUAUGGACAAUAGAGAGAGAGUCGACAAUCUCGAAGAGAGAGAAAAUCAGACAAGAAACUCUCGCGCUCUAUAAAUUUUAGCGUGACUGCGCGAGAGCAUCCAAAAAAGCGGAGAGCUGUGGGUAUAAUAGAGAGAAACAGAAACAGAGAAGCUAGGUCUGAAAGUAAGAAGGAAAGAGGAAACGGAAAGGAAAGAGGAAACGGAAGUCAAUUACUCCGUAGUAGCUAGCCUGCAAUGGGUAAUGAAAAUGGAGAGAGAGUUGAGAGGAAACCCAGAUUUCUGUGCCUUCAUGGAUUUCGAACCAGCGGUGAAAUAAUGGAGAAACAGGUGACCACCAAAUGGCCCCAAUCAGCUCUCGAAAACAUCGAUCUCGUCUUCCCCGACGCCCCCUUUCCGUCACAGGGCAAGUCCGACGUCGAAGGAAUCUUCGAUCCUCCCUAUUACGAAUGGUUCCAAUUCAACAAGGAAUUUACGGAAUACACAAAUUUUGAUGAGUGUCUUGCAUACAUAGAAGACUACAUGAUUAAGCACGGACCAUUUGAUGGUCUUCUUGGGUUCUCACAGGGGGCAAUUUUGUCAGCUGCACUUCCUGGACUGCAGGCGAAGGGUUUGGCAUUGACGAAGGUUCCCAGAAUAAAGUUUCUAAUAAUUAUUGGAGGGGCAAAGCUGAGAUCACCGUCGCACGCCGACAAGGCAUAUUCGGCUCCGAUGGAAUGCCCCACCGUCCACUUCUUAGGAGAGACUGACUUCCUAAAGCAAUAUGGAAUUGAACUGUUGGAAUCAUUUGUAGACCCUGUGGUGAUUCAUCAUCCUAAAGGCCACACAGUACCAAGACUUGAUGAGAAGAGUUUGCAGAUCAUGCUAAGCUUUCUCGAAAAGAUUCAAAAGGUGCUAACAAUGAAGGAAGAAGAACAAGAAAUAGUCUCCAUUUAGGUUCAUCAUUAUCUUAGGAAAACAAAUAUGCUUAAAUGCUGUCAUACUUGAAUGCCUCUGGUAUGGGAUGUUGUGGUUCUUUCAAAUUGGAUCAAUAAAUUUUAUUUAUUUUUUACUCA